UGAGUGGCGCUGUUUGCCAAAAGUCUCGUCCGAAACUGUCUUUGAUCGGGUUUAAGAUGACAGACCGAAAUUCGAAAAAUUUUGAGACUAACGAGAAAACCACGAAGUUUUCUAGUUUUUCCAUUGACUCCCUGCUCUCGAAGAAAAGUGAAAAUGAUCGGAAUUUGGUGGAAAAUAGCAAGGAGGUAGAAGGUGGUUAUGAUCAGGAGAAGAUGAAGAAUAAAUUCAGGGACGUUAGGGAUUGUAGUGGUGAUUUUUUUGGUGAUGGAGGUUGUUUGAGUGAAAAACAGAACGAUGCUUAUGAGAGGAUGGACGAUAGUGUGGUGUCCACUUCUGGGGAUUUUUUUCGGUGUUCCAGGAGUCGCGAUGAAGAUAGCAAUUUCGACGACGACAAGAAGAAGAGACCCAGGACCGCCUUCACAGGAGCACAGAUAAAAGCUCUGGAAGCGGAAUUCGAAAAAAACAAAUACCUGUCGGUGGCUAAACGUUGUCAGUUGUCCAAAACUUUGAAACUGACGGAAACACAGAUCAAAAUAUGGUUUCAAAACAGGAGAACGAAGUGGAAGAGGAAAUACACCAAUGACAUCGAGGUGUUAGCGCAGCAAUACUAUUCCUCCAUGGGUAUCUUGACGCCCAGGCCUAUUUUCAUAGGCGACAGGCUUUGGUUCUUCAACUACCCUGGUAGACCUGGACUAUCCAGUGUACCCCCAAUGGCACCUAACAUGCCCUCUGCAGGAGGACCUUUCAUACCCGGCCAAGAAGUUAUGAACCAAUCUAUUCCAGUUCAUCGAAACGAUUACAAUCCCGCAAGUUACAUCCAGUACCAUGACCUUCCUACAGAAAAUCCCAUGAAUGCAUCUCCUAUUCACCAACUUCAAAAUUUCGGUAAACAUUUCGAAGGGUCUUAGAGAUUUUUUAAAAUUCGAGGACUAGAAAAGGAAGAAAAAUGUUGAUGGGUGUGAAUAUUUAUAUUAUACCAUGUUGCGUUUUCAAAACUGUGAUCUCAGUUAGAUUUUACCUGGACAAAGAACUUCAACCUUAAGAAUAUGCACUGGAGAAAACUACCUGUUUGUUAUGUACUAUUUAAUUAAGCUUUUAAGUUAAGUUUUAAUAAUUAUUAUUUAGAACUAAGUUUCAGCUUUGUUAAU